ACAAUAUGCUUCAUUUUUAAGGUUUAAUAUGUGUCCUUUGGAUUAUUUGAAAUAUAUGAAUGUAAACAUUUUAUUCAAAGAUUAUCAAGGUAUGUCUCCUUAAAAAGUUCUUGAAGUCAUGAAUAUAAAAAAUAAACACGAACGGAGAACAUAAGUGUUAAAACAAUGUAUUGUAGUAAUGCAAUAUUGACCAGAAUUGAGAACAGUAUCACAAUGUAUCCACUAACAUUUGUACAACCCGCUUAUUGCUUUACCAUUUGGUUAGAUCAAGUCUCGAAAAUAAUUAAUGCUGCUUGGUGAUUCCUUUUUACAAAUUACAAGAAAUCAAUCAGAAAAGAAAACAAAAGAAGCAGGAAAUCAGUUGAACUGUGAUAUUAUUACACUGAGCUGGCGGUGAUUAUGAACAAAUGGAAAACCAUAAUUCCUCUAUUGAUCGGUUUUAAAUGAUUGCAGUUUAAAUGCCACGAGUACAAAGUAGUCUGACUGUGCCUCCAAUGAUGAAUCCCCCCACACUGGUUUGACUGCAUGUGCCACAAUGGAUUACUCACUUUGGUCUGACUAGGACCCCCCCCCCCCCCCUGGCGUGGUCGUGCUUUUCAUGGAUCCCCACCCUCCGAUGUAAUCACGUUUCUCUGAUGGAACCCUCAACACUAGUGCUCGGUAUCCCCGUCACCCUCAUUCUCCUGGUCGGUGCCCAGGCGGCCGUGCUGGGGACGAUCCUGGUCGUGCAGCUGCACGUACUGAUUGCUGCCGUGAGGACUAUUCACUCCAUCAUUUGGCUGUCUGUCCUGUGGCUGGGGAUUUUCUACAGUGUGUACUAUGGCUACGUUUUGUGUAGACUGUUACAGACAGGGUGGUCAGAAUGUCGGGACAUUUACACCCCCACCCUCCUCUGCUCAGCCUGGAUGUUCACUUUCCUUGUGCUGGACAAGAACCUAGAGAAAACCAGCGUGAACUAUUUACUUACCAUAUUCCUGGUGGGACUCUCAACUUUAUUUAUAGCAUGGGAAUAUCAUUAUUCUAAUAUUGAAACUCGCAGCGAUUUGGGGGAUUUCCCAUUGUUUUGUCCAACUUCUAGAGAUUUGUUGCCCACCUUUGUACACGAGUACCUUGUGUUAUAUCUCCCAGUGACAGCAAUAGGGCUAGUCCAACGGUCUCGGUCCAGCAAAGAUCCGAAUAAUUGUUCCUGUCAUGAGUGUACCCAUUGGAAGAAAACAGGGGGCCGGAUGUUACGAUGGUACGCAUGCGCUUUGCUGGUGAUACGUCCAGCACAUUUCUAUUAUUGUUUUACUUUGGACUAUAACUAUUCAGACAUGUUAAUGUAUUUUGUCAAUUUUUUAUCCUUUUUGUAUUUGUUUUUGAAAACAAAAACAUUUAUGAGCAAACAAAAGUAUGGAGAGAACAAAGGAAGAACGAUGUCGUCAGUGGUACAGUUAAACUCUUGUUGUGAAACUUGAGAAAUCCCUGGUAGAUUUUUCCAAUUGUAGCUAUUAAGCCGUUUAUGCCCCAUUAUGGUGCAUUCAAAAUGAUAUUUGUGGUGAAAAAUCCUAUAUGGUUGUUAUUUCACAGGCACACUAGUGCAGGUAGUCACCUAUUUACAGCGAUGGGACUUUAUUGUCAAUGUUUAAAUGCCUGAUCCAUUCCACGUCACGCAAUCAAAGUAUGUAAAACUACUUUGUUCUAGGUUUUGACAACGGUCGAUUCAUUUCUGUAAUAAUUUAUGACGACAACUAAAUGUAUAUGAUCCGUUGUUUAUGAAAUAUGAAAAGAUGCAAUAAACUAUACAAAUUGAAAUUGAUUACCGGUCUCAUGCAGUUAUAGUUCUGUUGGAACUGAACGUGAUGUGUUUACAAUGUUCUUGUGCCAUUGCUGGUCUUGUGGAAAUCGAACACUAGUCUUGUAAGCAAAAUACUGAAGCAUAUAGUAUAUAUCAGCUAGAACGGGUCACAAUGUCGUAUUUCUAACAUUAACAAAUUACAUUCGUUGCAUUGAUUCAUUUAUUAUGAGCAUCAAAGCAAACACGAAGACGAGUUUAAAACUCAUGCUUAUAUUAUGUAAUUCUGCAAACAUUCAAAUUAUCUACGUAAAAGCACCGACUUAAGAAAUAUUCAUAAAUAUGAUAUUGAUUUUUGUAAGAAAAGAAGCAUCGGUGAAAAUGGCGAGUCAUAAUCACCAUCAUCAUCAUCAUCAUCAUCAUCAUCAUCUUUGUUGUCAUCAUCACAGUGUUAUAAUCAUUUAAUAAUUUCUAAUAUGUUUUACGGUGUGACCGUUGGGGCGAGCGCAGAAGGAACCACACAUCUGUCAUCAUUGUUAAAUGCAACCCGUGGACUCGCCCUAACCAAAAAACUUGGGCUUUGUUUGAAAACUUUUACCGCCGCAAGGCCGGAACCCAAAGUUAUUAAACUUUUUU